AUGUGGCUAACAACAGUGCUAUGUAGGCGGUGGACACCUGGAAGGUUAUUUGCAGGGUAAGAAAACCUAAAGCCAUAAGAUCGUGAAGUUUAUGCAGAGUUCUGACAAGUCGUAAUACCCCCAUCUUCCUGUAGCUAUAUUAGCUGAUUUUGUGAAGCCUGUCGAAGUUAGCAACAUAGUGAUGUUAUUUUAAGCUUAUCUGACAUGAAAACAUAAGAAAACCGUGAUUUCUCGUGCGUAUCGUUAUGUACGAACGUCAUUUUGGCUUUCAUGGAAGAGGAAAAAAAAUAGUGCUUUAAAUGUGAAUCAGGCCCGCCCAGGGGGGUAUUGAGAUACCAAUAUAGCAGAUUUUAUCCUCAUCAGAUACCAGGAUACCUUAACAAAAAUCUUUGAUACUGAUAACCUGGAAACGCAGACCGCUUUAUGACAAACGCAGACUGCAGACUGGCAGGUAAACGAAGUAAACAUUGUUGUAGAAUGCUCUAAAAGAUUCCCUAUCCCAAAACUAUACUUUUAAAUGACUUAAACUUUAGGGACAGGGACUCUGUUAAAGCAUUCCACAACAAGGUUUUCCUCAUUUACAUGCCAGUCUGCAAGUCUGCAGUCUGCGUUUGUCGCACACCGAGCACAAAUGCAUUUUGGGAUGUUUCUUCUCUCCACCCGAAAAGUAACAUCUGAGAACCAGAGCCGCCCAAUGAUUUCUGUGACUUAGGACAUUAUCAGCCAAUCACAGUGUAGCUCAUAAACACCAAGAACUAAGUUGUGAGAGUUCUUGCAUGAUUCAUGCAUGGUGGAUAUGUUUAUAAUUCAAACAACUAGAUGGAGAGUGAACAAAAGUUAAUUUGCCAGGAUUGUGGAACCGCUUGAUGAAAUAAGCACCAAGCUGAUUCAUAUUGAAGAAGAGAUUAGAGGGAUAUUUUUAUUUGCCUAUGUAUUGAAUGAUGUAUCACACCUUACUGUUUUGAUCAUGUUCAAAACGAUAAAUGAACAUCACAGGGAAUCUUGCUUAUAGUCUGGAAAAUCCCGAUCCGAAGGUUAUUUGAAAAAUCUUGUCAAAAACCUUGACACGCAAGCUCAUGAGGUUGUAAGGAGUCACUGGAGCUUUACUUUUAUCCUAUAUUCUGACUGGUCAACAACAAAGCAAAAGGUUUACGUCUCAAAAAUCAUUUAGCUGCUCUGGUACACAGACGUUACUUUUCAGGUGGAGAGAAGUGAUGACCGGAAAUAAGUCUGUGUUUGCAGGUCAUGAUACUGAAUACCAGCACCUAAAAUUGCCUUAACAAGGUACUGACCUAUACCUGUAUUGUGACACCAAAAUACCGUAUACCUGAAUAAAAAAGAUGCAAAUACUCAAAUACCCAAAACCUCUGGCCAGGCAUGGUGACUGAAGGUUAAUAAGUUAAAGGAAUCAGUUUACUGCCAGCCAUUACUAGCCAUUACUACAAAUUAUGUAUAUGUAUGCAGUCAACUCUAUUAUAGUGACCACUUCUGGUAAGCAAUGGUCUCGCAUAAGUGACCUCUUUGAAAUGACUGUUUUGUUUCUCAGUCAAAGACUGUUUCAAAAACUCUCUUGUAAUUUGUUAAUGACUGCUACCACUUUUUUCAAACAGAAAUUUGACAUAUUCUUUCAUUUUCUGUUUCCCGCAAGCGACUACCUGGCAUGAUCAUGUAUGAUGAUCUUCGCAUUCUCGCCUAUGUGUAUUUGUUGAUAGGCUAGUUAAGAACAUUUCAUUUUUUCUUCAUUGACUUAUGGGAGACAAAGUGCAAGUGUUUCUUUAGUUCUCUUGUUACUUUUAGUUGUAUUUAGUUGUAUUUAUUUCCUGUAAACAUGACCCACCUAGAUUAGCUUAGCUACCCAUGAGCUUUUACGUUAAAACACAAUAAAAAAUCUAUGUAUGUAUGUAUGAUUAUGAUAGUAAAAAAACCAUCCCUUGAAUGUCACAAAAGUUCCUGAGCAAGGUUGCUGACAGAUUGUAGCAAAUGGCUGUUACACAAUCUAUGGGUAAAAUAGUGGAUUGUGACAUUAAUGCAAAAUUUUAUGUACAAAGUUUCAACAUUCCCAAGUGCUAUUUGACGUAUAAGAUUAUUGCCAGGUUUCUAUUUGCCUGAGUUUUAGCUUGUAAGGUAAUACCUUUAUGUAAUUACAGUGUAUGUUGACCAGUUCAGUUUGAGCUUAUUUUCUUGAUUUUUCCUGUGGACAACCACCUUCCGUAAACGACCACUUUGUCGUACACCAAGGAUGGUCACUUACAAGAGAGUUGAUUGUAUAUUCAAACACUUCAUAUUGCAAAGAUAGGAUGCAUUAAUUCCUUUCUUCUAUUUUAGUAUAAACCAUAAGUGAUCUUGGUGGUUUAAGCAAUCUGACUGGUUCACUAUCUUGGGAUAAUUGUGACCAAUAUUCCCUCCCUUGUGAGUGGAGAAUGUGUGAUCUUGACAACAGAAACAAAAUGGCUGGCAUGAAUUUGGUGUUUUUUGCCAACGUUUUAGAGUGAGAACUUUUGAAAAUUUAAGAUGAUUACCUAGCAUUGAAAUCAAUUUCAAAAGGUGUCAGUGACAAGAAAGAGUAAUAACUGCGAUAUAAUUCAUAAUUUUGUGUAUUUUAAAAACAGGAGAAACAGGCUUGUUAGGCAAAUUAAUCCCGCUACUAUGAGGAGAAAGAAAGCUCGACUGGAGAGAAGACUUUCAUACAUAGAUAGUCUAACAGCAGUUCCUUUUCUAACACAGGUAAGAGACACUGUAUACCCGGGGGAAGGUACUUUAGGACUUUUUGGGUGGGGAUGUGCUGCUGGGACCCUGGAACUCUGAAACCCUGGAACCCUUAUCCUAUACAGAGCUAGUUUAAGUGAAUUUUGCUACUCUGUACUAGACUAAACUCCCCAAAUCCCUCCCCCCCCCCCAUCCUAGAGUUGCUGUUUUCCAGAAACUAAUGAGGUCACUAGCAUAGUCCAGUCAAAACAAAACCGAUUUGAUUUUUUUAUAUUCUUGAGUGACAAUUCCCGGUUUCCCUAAUGUAGACUAAAAUCUUCAGCCAAUUGAUCAGAUGGAAAAUGAUAUCUACAUGUAGACCCAAACUCUCUGAUUUAUAAACCCUAUCCCACAGUAAACUGCUUGAAAACCAUACCCUUCAUAGCGGAACAUACCUAUAUAGCCCAUAUAUGGCAGUACCCCCCGUACCCCUCUUCCCCCAUCAGUACAUAGUCUACAAUAACACAAAUUUGCUGCUCUCCACAAAUUGGUGUGCAAUUUGAGGGAAGAUGAAAACAACAUUCAUCAACUCUGUGGUCUAAGAAAAAUUAAAGGGAGCCCGUUGCUCUGAACCUGUUAAAUCCAGGGUGGCCAGCAUAGGAUUUCUAAAAAAAGCUUAGUUUUCCUUGUUGCCCUAGAGCAGAAGUAAGUUGCCAGGAACUACUGGGCACAGCUAGAACACAGUCCUGAACGUCCAGAUUGUCAAGUGUGUCUGAUACAUGUAAUCCUAUAAAAUCCUCGUUUUUUUUUCGGCAUUGCCCCAUGAAAUCUUGUACAUGUAAUUCUGCAAAGUGUCCUACGAAAACCUAGAUCUCUUGUCGUGUUGCAAAAUGUUUCACGAGUGAGUGUUUUCAACACAUAUUCUUCUCUCCACUGGCCAUGUAAUAUCCUCUAUUACUUAAAACAGCCAACAACCACUCGCCGAACUUGGCAGAAUUGUUCAGCCUGAUUUUUUUCAAAGUUUAUCAGUGUUGUUUAUAAAUUUUAACGAUAACACCGGGAGAAAUAUUUUGUUUUUCUGAAGCUCUAAUGUUGUCAUUUAGACGAUAAUUUUCUAGCUAACGGCGGGUUCUGUGGCGAGUAAUGGUUAAAAGGUCAUAAAAGUAAACAAAAUGGACUAAACGUUUAAUACGCAUCCCUUUAAUUUUUAAAUUUCCGCGGGAAUUGUGGAUCAUGCUAGAAGCUAUAUCAGUCUUUCAAAGGAGUGUUAAGGUCGUAGACGGUUAGAAAAUAGAAAAAAAAGAGCAAAACAAGCAACCGACGACGGUAACAAUUCUAACGCGCAUCGUUUUCUUGACGUACGUCAAGGCAUGUUUGGAAAUCUAGAGAAACACUCCCACCGGUAUUCGAUGUAUUGUUCAGUUAAUAACUUCGUUUGAUAUAUGAUGGCUUUUCCACCUUUCACAGCCUCAAGAAGCGGGCCAUUCCCAGGAAAGGAAAAUAAAAGAGUGGAAAAUGUUCAAAGAAGCUGUAAAAACCCACAAGGACAAGAAGAUGGGUGCCAUUCGUGCGUUUGAAACUCAGGAAAGCAAACCGAAAGGAAUUUUGCAACAUUUGGAUGUCGCAAGAACUCAA